AUGUUUUUCUUUUUUCCUUUUCUUCAUGGACUUGUGACGAAUACAACAUGUAGAAGAUUAGAAUUGCAGGGAAAUAGUAUUCAUGGAGCUGGCACUGCAACAUUAGCAAAAGUACUACGAAGAAAUAAAUCAUUACCAAAUUUACGACUUGAAUGGAAUCAAAUAGGUGCUAUGGAUUCUCCAGCUUUUAGUAGUUUUUGUGAUGCUUUUAGUGUUAAUAAAAGUUUAAUUGGACUCAAUUUACGUAAUAAUGAUACCAAUCAUGUCGGCGGUUCUGAAUUAGCAAUAGCAUUAAAACGAAAUGUGACAUUACGUGUAUUAGGUAUAAAAUUUUGA